AUUUUCAGGACUUUGGGCAGCCAGAUGGUGAUGGAUCCAAUGCUGAUUUGUAAAAAGUCACGCCGGUUGAGAGGUAAAUUAACUCACAUUUGUAACAAAGAGCCAGCUCUACUCAAGGAAAUUACUAAAGGCUUACAGAUCGGCACAAGAGAAUGUCAAUAUCAAUUUCGAAAUCGCAGAUGGAAUUGCACAACAGUCAGAAGGUCUUUAAAGAAGAUUCUCUUGCGAGAUACAAGGGAAACGAGUUUUAUGAAUGCCAUUGCCGCUGCGGGUGUCACUUAUGCAAUUACCAGAGCAUGUACCAUGGGAGGACUCGUACAAUGUUCCUGUGAAAAAAUGAUUGCAAAUGGAAACCAUAUUGGAAAAAUAGCCCAUAGAUCGGGAAAUAGAAGAACAAACAUUCCCACAGAAGGUGAGUGGGAAUGGGGAGGCUGUGGAGACAAUAUCAAUUAUGGUUUCAAAAAGUCUCGCGAAUUCAUGGAUGCUCCUUAUAGGAAGCGCAGCGAUAUCAAGACCUUGGUUAAAUUACACAACAGUGACGCUGGUCGUUUGGCUGUGAAAAACUUCAUGAGAACAAUCUGCAAAUGUCACGGACUUUCGGGUUCUUGCACUGUCCGGACUUGUUGGAGAAAAAUGCCGGCAUUUCGUGAAGUAGGGAAUCGUCUCAAAGAAUCAUUUGAUGGUGCAGCAAAAGUGAUACCUGGCAAUGACGGACAUAGUUACAUAACUGAGGGAUUAACCAUUAAACCACCUGAGAGGUUUGAUCUGAUAUAUAGCGAAGAUUCACCGGACUUUUGUAAGCCGAAUCGAAAAACUGGUUCAUUAGGGACGGUUGGACGUCAGUGUAAUUCUACCAGUCCUGGAGUUGACGGUUGCGAAAUUUUGUGCUGUGGUAGAGGAUACGAUACCAGGAUUGUUAAGGAAAAAAUUAAUUGUCAAUGUAGAUUUAAAUGGUGCUGUGAAGUUAGCUGCAAUACUUGCAUUGUGAGAAAGUCCGUAAACUCUUGUCGCUAAUCAAAAUUUAAUUAGAAAUUUACAUUUGGACUCCAAACACUCGCAAUAUUGUUUCAAAGGUUCUGCAAUAUAUCCUUAAGCAGUCCUCCCUUAAUAAUUUUUGUGUUAAAAUACUUCCAAACUGGUGCACUUUAUAUUAAAAUUGUGACAACAUUAAUGUAGCUUUCCACAAAAGCAGACUUUAUCUCUUAAAGUAUCCUUUUGACACACAA